UGCAGAGCUGAUCGGACUGGGGCGUGCGGCGGCCGCGCUCCUGCGCCUGGGGAAUUGGGCUGUGGGCGAGGCGGCCCGGCUGGCCUUUAUCGCUCCCCGGGCUUGUCUUUUGAAACUUUAUCAGUGAGUCUUGCUGCUCGCCCGCAGACGCGAGCAGGGGGGGCGGGGGCGCGGCGCCGGCGGCCGUGACGAGGCGCUCCCGGCGCUGAGCGCUUCUGCUCCGCGCACGCAUGGCGCCCGCACACGGAGUCUGACCUGAUGCGGACGCAAGGGGGUUAAUAUGAACGCCCCUCUCGGUGGAAUCUGGCUGGGGCUCCCUCUGCUCUUGACCUGGCUCAGCCCCGAGGUCAGCUCUUCAUGGUGGUACAUGAGAGCUACAGGUGACUCCUCCAGGGUGAUGUGUGACAAUGUGCCAGGCCUGGUGAGCCGCCAGCGGCAGCUGUGCCACCGACACCCGGACGUGAUGCGUGCCAUAGGCCUGGGUGUGGCCGAGUGGACAGCAGAGUGCCAGUAUCAGUUCCGACAGCACCGCUGGAACUGCAACACCCUGGACAGGGAUCACGGCCUCUUUGGCAGGGUUCUGCUCCGAAGUAGUCGGGAAUCUGCCUUUGUAUACGCCAUCUCCUCAGCUGGAGUUGUAUUUGCCAUCACCAGGGCCUGUAGCCAAGGAGAAUUAAAAUCCUGUUCCUGUGAUCCAAAGAAGAAAGGAACUGCCAAGGACAGCAAGGGCACCUUCGACUGGGGUGGCUGCAGUGAUAACAUUGACUAUGGGAUCAAGUUUGCCCGAGCCUUUGUGGAUGCCAAGGAAAGGAAAGGAAAGGAUGCCAGAGCGCUGAUGAAUCUUCACAACAACAGAGCGGGCAGGAAGGCUGUAAAGCGGUUCUUGAAACAAGAGUGCAAGUGCCACGGUGUGAGCGGCUCGUGUACUCUGCGGACAUGCUGGCUGGCCAUGGCCGACUUCAGGAAAACGGGCGAUUACCUCUGGAGGAAGUACAAUGGAGCCAUCCAGGUCGUCAUGAACCAGGAUGGCACUGGUUUCACUGUGGCUAACAAGAGGUUUAAGAAGCCAACGAAAAAUGACCUUGUGUACUUUGAGAAUUCUCCAGACUACUGUAUCAGGGACCGAGAGGCAGGCUCCCCGGGUACAGCAGGUCGUGUGUGCAACCUGACGUCCAGAGGCAUGGACAGCUGUGAAGUCAUGUGCUGCGGGAGAGGCUACGACACCUCCCGCGUCACCCGGAUGACCAAGUGCGAGUGUAAGUUCCACUGGUGCUGUGCCGUGCGUUGCCAGGACUGCCUGGAGGCCCUGGACGUGCACACAUGCAAGGCUCCCAAGAGUGCUGACUGGACAACCCCAACAUGACCCCAGCGGAGGUCACCACCCACCGACCCUCCUGCAAGGACUCCACUGGAUCUGCGAGGACACUGGACCCAUGGGCUCUCUUAGGGGGGAUAUUUCUUAAGGCAUGUGGCCUUUGUCUCAGCAGAAGCCCCUCCCCUCCUUGGCGGCCCCAGUACUGGGGGCCAUGUGCUGCAUACCACACAUGCCCUGUUCUGUCUGCCGCCUGGCUCUCUGGGGUCCCCCCUCUUCCUGGGGAGUUCUCUUUGGAACCAGGCUGUUGGGGGGAGGGCGGCAGGCCCAGAUCGCCAUCUUCACCCUUCUAGACUUUCCUUUUUCUAGAGCUGUUGGCCAGGAGGACAGAGAGUGUCUCAAGGGAGCUUCCCCUGCGUCCUCCCACACACAAUCGCCGUGAAGAAAUCUCAUCCUUCUCUCCAGGAGUGGGUGCGGGGCGGGGGGGGCAGUAAAGAAGACAAAAUCGACUGUCAUUGAUUAACUUAAAUUCUUGAAAAAUCCAGCAAGGUUUUCCUGUGAUCAGUGGAUGCCAGGGGCCACCCCACCCCCUCUGCCCGCACCCUGGGGUGAAUGGUCACUGCCUGGGGGAAGGAUGGCUUUCAAUAAACUUCAGGUUUCAAAUGCACACUUUCAAGGGACUCAUUGCCUUGGCCGAGUCUGACGUAAAAAGGUGGGACUGUGUAUCCUUGGGGAUGGUGAUGUUUUGAAUCUUUGUGCUAGCAAAAGGCUCAUAAUGGCGACUGCUUUGCAUCGCUGUUCCCUCCAUGUAAAGAAUCUGUAGGGAGUGAACCUUCCCUCUGACUUGGGAUCUGAAGGGAACUACAAACGAAGAUGGGUGAUCUGGCAAUAUUCUGUAACUAUUGGGUGAACAUGGUGGAAAAUGAUUUUGAGCAUCAGAAAGUGUGAACAAAUAAGAACACGGGGUGGGGGGGAUGGGGAUAACAUUCCUAUCUGGU